ACUACCAACCAAUUCCACGCAUUAGAUUAUGUGGUCUUCACGGCCAUGUUGGUCAUCUCUGCGUUCAUCGGGAUGUACUACGCCUAUAAGGGAGUCCACAAAUGUCACAAGGACUACAUGAUGGCAGGCCGGCAGCUCACAUGUGGGCCGGUGGCGCUCUCCCUGACCGCCAGCUUCAUGUCGGCGGUGACGGUGCUGGGCACCCCGGCCGAGGUCUAUCGUUUUGGGGUCAUGUUCGGUCUCUUUUCUAUCUCCUACAUCCUGAUGGUGGUUAUCAGUGCUGAAGUCUUCCUGCCUGUCUACUACCGGUUGCAGAUCACCAGUGCCUAUGAGUAUUUGGAGCUUCGAUAUAAUAAAUACAUGCGUCUGACAGGAACAUCGAUGUUUAUUAUACUAACGAUAUUAUAUACAGGAAUUGUUAUAUAUUCUCCAUCCCUGGCUUUGAAUCAAGUUACAGGGUUUGAGUUGUGGGGAUCUGUUAUUGCAACAGGACUAGUCUGUACUUUCUAUUGCACACUGGGUGGUCUAAAGGCAGUAGUCUGGACAGAUGUUUUCCAGUUUAUCCUGAUGAUAGCUGGGUUUCUAACAGUGAUUAUACGGACUGCAGUAAUUAAAGGAGGAAUAAAAAAUGUUCUAGAUGAUGCUCGCCGAGGAGGAAGACUCAGUGUCUGGGACUUUAACCCAAAUCCUAUGCAAAGACAUACAUUCUGGUCUCUCAUUAUUGGUGGCACUUUCACAUGGCUUGGCAUAUAUGCAGUCAAUCAGUCUCAAGUUCAACGAUACCUUGCUUGCAAAACAAAAGUUCAUGCAAAACUUGCUUUGUACUUAAACCUUGUGGGUCUCUGGGUAGUUAUCUCUUCUGCAGUGAUGAGUGGACUCUCUAUGUACUCUGUAUAUAAGGAUUGUGACCCGUGGACUCUGGGGCUGGUGAAGUCACCAGAUCAGCUGAUGCCAUAUUUGGUAAUGGACAUUUUGGGAAAUUUCCCUGGAGUUCCAGGACUCUUUGUGGCUGGGACCUACAGUGGGACAUUAAGUACAGUGUCUUCCAGCAUCAAUGCAUUAGCUGCUGUAACUGUGGAGGAUAUUGUCAAACCUCACUUUCAGACAAUAACUGAUGCUCAGUUGGCAUGGAUAUCCAUGGGAACGAAUAUUCUGUUUGGCGGGGUGUGCCUUAUCAUGGCUGCACUAGCAUCUUUUAUGGGCGGUUUGUUGCAGGCUGCGCUCAGCAUUUUUGGAAUAGUAGGAGGACCUCUCUUGGGAAUAUUUUCUUUGGGUAUCUUUUUUCCUUUUGGGAAUGCUAAAGGUGCAUUUGCAGGUCUUAUUAGUGGCUUUUCUGUAGGGCUGUGGCUUGGAAUUGGCUCCCACUUUUACCGUCCACCUCCUCACAGAACUUUGCCAUUAGCCCUUUCAACUGCAGGGUGUGCACAACUCAACUGGACAUCAGCUACACAUUUCACUACUCUUCCAACAACUCCAACUGUUACAAGAUCUCACAUUCAUGAUAAUUGGUACUCCAUGUCCUAUCUAUACUUCAGCAUGAUGGCAACACUGUUCACAGUUGCUGUGGGAGUAAUUGUGAGCUUAUCAACAGGAGGAUUAAAUCAAAAUGUGGACCGUAGACUUUUAUAUGGCAAAGAGGAGUUCAUGGCCAACUAUGUGUACUUGAAAGCUAAGUUUGGAGCACCAGUUGAAAGGAUUCAUCCAACAGAGGAGGAAAGUCCUGAAUAAGGUUGGGAGGA